AUGGAGGAGUUCGAUUCCUUCGAGAAGAAACUCGAGGGCGAGGACUAUUGGCAGCAGGCGGUUGCCUUCUUAUGUACCCUGGGCGGAGGUCGAGUCCUCCAUUUCGUAAAGAGGAUAUUGGAACCUCUUUCCAGCAACCACCUGCUGGCGGAAUUUAACCUCACUGGCACGCACCAUCGACGGGACUUCCAACGCACGCGGUCAUACACACUGCUGGGAGGUAGGCUUCACACCUGAUCCACGGAGGACGAAUUUCUCUGCGACCUUGGCUCUCAACUACCAUCACUGCGUAGCAAGGUGACCGAAGUGGCAACGGGCCACGUAGCAGGUAAUGUUCGAGAGGUUAAAUUUAACAACUAUAGAUGUCCCCCCCGUGGAUCUUCCCCUCCAGAGUCCACGUCCCAGCCCACAGGGAGCCCUGAUUGGCAGGUGGUUGUACUCUCCGGUAUUCCGAACAUGGAUACUCGUCUUGUCGACAGGUUCGAGGCGAGCUUACUGAUUUGA